GCAGCAGGCAAUUAGAUAGUGAUUUUUAUUUGUCAUAUCACAGUGUUUCCGACCGGGUGGUAGGUUGAGAGAAAUUUAGCGGCCUGGUACCGACGGCAUGGGUUACAAUUAUAUGUUUACAAAAAAAAAAUUUAGAUUGCCUGAUGCGUAACUCAAACUGGUGAUCAAAUAAAUAAUUUCAUUUCUCUCUGUUAACGCAAAAUUUCGUUUCAUUAGAAAGAGAAAAAAAACAUUCUACCUGUAAGGUAAAGAAAUGAGGUUACGUAUUUCAUACGUAUUUGCUAUUUUAUGUGUCGUUGUUUUUUUCUAUCGAGUUCGCAACGCUCUUUGGGUUUCUCAUACUGACAAAAAUAUUGAAACAAAAGUAUCAAUUGAAGAUUCACAAUUCAACAAAAUCUGGACCAAAAAUGACACACCGAAUACGAAAGAAAAUCACAGACCAAAAAUUCUUAUAUGGUCAAAACCAUACCGUGAAAUCGAGUGGUAUUUACCUGAUCUACCUGGUGAAAAUGGAGGAUGCGAUAUUACGGUGAAUCGCAGUGAAUAUGAGAGAAGCGAAGCAGUUUUGUUUUUCAUGAAAUCUUGUGUAUCUAAUGACUUGCCGGACCCUACCAAAAGGUCUCCAAAUCAAGCGUUUGUAUGGUGGGCUCACGAGUCGCCAUGGACUGUUCUACAUUAUUAUCAUUAUGAACUGAAAGAUUUCAAUGAUUAUUUUAAUUGGACAAUGACAUACCGACGUGAUUCAGAUGUUCUGGCCUCGUUUGCACCUACUCCAAGUUUGGAUUAUUUUCUUUAUAAAUUUGGCAGACGAAAUGAGAUGACAGAGGCUGAACUCCUUGAACGUCCAACAAUGUCAGAAGAUAGAUUUCGUGAAGAGAUCGGUUUGUUAAUGUCGAAAAAAACAAAAAUGAUUUCAUGGGUUGUCAGCGAUUGCAAAGUCGUCGCAGGAGCAGCAAAAAGAAUGCAAUUAGUUGAGGAGAUGACAAAGGAUGGUCUUCUGGAUGUGGAUAGAUACGGAAAAUGCGCCAACCGCCCUAUUGCAAAUGAUGCAAACGUACUACUCGAAACUAUAAAGAAAUAUAAAUUUUACUUGUCGUUUGAGAAUUCUUUACAUUGUAGAGACUACAUAACUGAGAAAACUUUUUAUAAUGCAAUCGUUGGCGGUAUUGUUCCUGUUAUAAAUGGCCCUACACGAGAAGAUGUCUCGGCAAUAUUGCCAAAACGAUCUUUUAUCCAUUUAGAAGAUUUUGAAAAUCUGAAUAAAUUGGCUGAAUAUUUGAAAUACUUAGAUUCUAAUGACACGGCGUAUCUAGAAUAUUUUAAUUGGUGGAAAGAACCAGGAACUCACAUCAUACCAAGAUAUGGCUUCAAUUUUGGACCACAACAUAUAAAUAGCAAUUCUUCAAACUGGUUUCAAUUUUGGAAAGGCGAAGAUGUCAUACAGAGGGGGAUGAUGGAAUUGGAAUGGAAGCGCUUUGGUCUUUAUCAUCUUUGCAGAAAAUUGCGUAACAAGGAACACAUAACAACUUCGAAAGUAGUUGCAGAUCUCAACCAAUGGUGGUAUGGAACCGAGUCGGAAGAAUGCAUCCGGUAGACUUGACCCAAUAAAAUGU